AUCUCGAUAAGACUUGAGCUUCCCAUACCUCCACAAUCUACAACAGCUCAAGGGAGCUCUAACUUAUAACAUGCCUUGACUUACUACAGCACAUUCAUUAAUUAACACAUGACACUUCCAAGAAUACUAUCGUAUAGACACGUCCUUAUACUGAGCUGCCUCAUCUAGCCCCUAUCACUCUUCCAUAUCUGUAGUGAUGUGAUCCUCCCUCCCUAGACAACCUCACCCAACUCACCAUCAACACCACAACCUCUUCUAACCAAAAUGUCCGAAUCGUCACUCCCAACUUCCACAAUUGUGGCAGCGACAUCAGAGCAAGCCUCACCCACAGUCUCUCCAUUCAUACUCGCAUUCGACAUCGUUGUCGCUGUAUUCAGCUUCCUCUUCUCCUUCAACUGGUCAGGGUUCUUCUCACGGCUUUUCGCUAUAAUCAGCUUUCCUUUCCGCCUAAUUCUCAUACCCUUGUCAUUUGUCCUCAACAUUCUUCUCGUUGUGUUUGCACCGGCUAUUUACCUCUUCUCUUACACACUUGCUGGCGUGCGUUCUGUAUGGGCGUUUCUGGCUAGCUUAGAGCCGCUGUAUACUUUUUUUGGUGCUGCAGCUGGCGUCGGCAUCUUGGCUGGCAUCGGCCUGGCCAUAUUCUCAUCCAUCAUCACGUCCUACCUAGGAAUGCAGAGUGACGAUAUCGACUCCGGGGGGUCAACUACUAAGGGCAGUUUGCUCGAAACCAGCAGUCGACGAGAUUCGCAAUCUUCAGGCACUGAGCUCGACUGGCAAUGGCUUGACUCUUCCAGUCAAAGGCGCCGACCAGCUGGUGGCCUACUAUCGCAGACCAUUCACGAGGAGGAUGAUGAUUCAGAGUAUUGAUCGUGUAUAAGCGCUAUAGUACAUCAAAGCUCAGCUGCAAACUUCUACGCUAUGGAUAAUCCCAUAAUAUAUGUUCUUAGACGAGAGGAUCAACCUGCCAAAAUCCUCUGAUACCAUGCGCCGCUCAUGUAAUAAUGCUAGACACUCAGCCUUUCCAAGGAUAUUCUUCUUCUUCCUUACUUGUUUACUUGGGUCGUAUCAAUCCGUUGCGCCAUGUCCUGCUAUGCCCGAAUCGACAUGUGAUUAGUCUCGGUUGUUCGCCUUCAAACGCCUGUACUAUCCAUGUCCUAAUCUCAUCCCUCCUGGAGAUGGUACUGGAUCUUUGUUCCGUUUGUGGCCUGUGUACACGUGAGGCGGCAUCGCUGACGCUUGAUCCUAUCUCCGGUACGCAUCACGGUCUGGCCUAUCACGGUCUUGCCUGUCUCGAUCUCUUGACCGAUCAUGCCUGGGUGACCUACUGCGGCUGAUGGUGCCACGGUCUCUAUCGUAGCGUCGGUCUUCUCUGCUGUUGCGGCGCCGACGAUCAUCUCUGGGUGGUGGAGGAGGGCGGUCGUCCCUCCGUCGACCUGGGUCAUCCCGAUUAUAGGCGGGUAUGUACGUGUCGACAUCUGGGGCUCUUGGCCCAGGUGCUCCUCUACCACGAGGGGGUCCUCGCUCACGAUAGUCCGCGUCGUCGUUCGGAGGUGGACGUGGCGGUAACCCGGCGCCUCGAUCUCGUUGCCAAGCGGGGCGCCUUUCAUCUGGUCCGUUGCGGUAUCUGCCUCCGUUCACACCAUUACGGCCAUUUCCGUAAGGCUCAUUGCUGUUGAAGCCCGCUGUGGCGCCCUUCGCAUCUGGGCCAAUACCUACAGUCCCACCCUUGGGGGCAGGGGGCAAGGCAGCCUUGCGGUCGUGGAACUUUCUUCUAUCCAGCUCGUGGCUUUCUUCAUAAACGGGAAUCUCGUGGGGCUCUAACGGUAGAGGCGCCAUCUUGAACCAUGGGUGUUGUAAGGCAUCCACUGCGUUGAUUCGUGUCCGCCAGUCUAGCUUAAGAAGCUCUUUCAGUAACGAGACCGCGCCUGAGCC